AGCUAACUGUAAAGAUGAUGAAUAUCACUGAAUGUUUAUUUAUAUCGGAUGUAUAUAUAUUUGGUAUUGAAAUUGCUACCUGCAACUUCAACUGCUACCUGCAACUCACCAUGUCUUCUUCCAUUGAAGAUGCUGAUACGAAACAGAGACUUCAUGGAGAAUUAUACUCUGCUCUAAUGGAGGGCAACAAGGCGAAGGUGCUAGAGCUAUGCCCUAAAGUUUCUGAUCAUGCAUUGCAUAGAAUAACAGUAAAUGAAGACACUGUUCUCCACAUGGCUACUUACGCCAAAGAAGCCGAUUUGGUAUUGAAAUUGCUAGAUGAAUUGCCUGAGUAUCAUCUAGAUAAAAUUACUCGCCAAAAUGGUGUUGGAAGCACUAUUCUCCAUGAAGCUGCUACAAACAACGAUGCAGUCCCUGUUGUAGAUAAACUGUUAAAGAAAUCGCCUGGUUUGUUAGGAAUGAGAAACAGCAACGGAGAGACUGCUCUGUUUAGAGCAGCCCGCUAUGGCAAUGAUGCUAUGUUCAAGUUUCUUGCUUCUAAAAUUGCCCAAUACGACCAAAUUAGUCAGCAAUUUUAUCUUCAGAGGACUGAUAAAACCAGUGUGCUUCACAUUGCCAUUAUUUCUCAGCACUUUGAGUUGGCAUGGUAUAUUGCGAAUGAGUACAAACAAUUAAUCGGUGAAAAAGAUUCGGAUGGAAUGACUGCACUUCAACUUCUUGCAUGUGAACCUUCAGCUUUUAAAAUCGAUUCAGAAGAUGGAUUCAUCAACUUAGUGAAACGGUGCUUCAGUCCAGCCUUGCGGAUGAAGAUUAGGUGCGAAAAAGAAAAAUACAAAUUAGCCGUGGAGCUAGCCAAUCUUUUAGUUAAAAGAGAUACCUCAUGGGAAGAUACACAUUCUGCUGUGGGCAGGAGCAAGCCUAAAAUCCAUAAGUACAGUGCUAGUCCCGAUGCCCUGUCAAUGGUGAAAGAAGGUGCAGCGGAAGGGUCUUCUUUAAGUGCUAAAGGGAAAAAAGACGACAUUGGAGAGACUCCUUUGAUCUUAGCCACAAAGUCAGGUUGCGUCGAGAUUGCUAAAGAAAUACUCAGAGUCUAUCCUCAGGCAAUUGAGCAUAUUGAUGAUGAAGGGCGAAACGCAUUGCAUGUAGCAAUUAAGUACCGCCAACUAGAGAUAUUUGAGCAUGUCAGAAAAAUGGAAGUGCCUAUGAAGAGGCUUGUCCGAAAGAUUGACAAUAAUGGCAACACUGUACUGCACACUGUCGCGUUGAAAAGAAACGAUUUUGUAGCUGAAAAGGUGGAAGGCCCUGCACUUCUAUUGCAAGAUGAGUUAUUAUGGUUUGAGAGGGUGCAAGAGAUCACUCCAUCCCACUUUAUGCAUCAUCAAAACAAUAUGAAACUCGCUGCAGAUGAGUUUUUCAACACUGUAAAUUCAGAACUUCGAAGUGCAGGUAAAGAAUGGCUAAAGAGCACUGCAGAGGGAUGCUCUGUUGUAGCAGUUCUAAUAGCUACUGUUGCAUUUGCUGCGGCCUACACAGUACCAGGCGGUAAUCAAAGCACUGGCCUUCCAGUCCUCGUAAAUCGACCCUUAUUUAUAGUUUUCACUGUCACAGACGUGCUUUCUUUGAACUUUGCAUUGACAGCGGUUGUAACAUUCCUCUCAAUUCUUUCAUCACCAUUCAGAUUUAGAGACUUCAGACGGUCACUUCCUAACAAGUUAAUGCUAGGCUUCACAUUUUUAUUUUUGUCGGUGACCAUGAUGAUGAUGUCGUUUGGAGCGACAAUCUUCCUUAUGAUUCACAGCAAGGAAAGUUGGACUAAAAUCACUCUAUACGCACUUUCCUUUAUUCCAGUAGGCGUCUUUGCCCUGUCCUACCUUCCCCUUUAUUCAUCACUAUCAAAAACUUACGAGUAUUUGCUUGGAAAGGCAAGGAAAGUAGCUCCCUUGAGCACAUGCAUGCUACCAGAUCAGAAGAAGAACCCUCACUCCAUGGCAAAAUCACAUGCUUCCGUUGCGUUGGUUUGAUUACUACAAUGCAUACUCAAUUGAAUAAAGGGGAAAGAUCAAAUAUUAGUCCAAGUCGAUCAAUAGAGUGGAUGCAAAUUUAAAUUUGGACAAAAGAGAGCUUGGUCCCCCACCCCUCUUCCCAUUUCUUUGUAACCCGAAAGUAAAAUUUUCAUAGUAAUAAAAAUGUUGUGUUAUGUAUUCUUACAGGA